AUGAAUGGGACAGCUGAAAUGGCUGUGUCUUUGGCACGUGAGGUUUCCGAGCACUCUUUAAACAUUCAGGCUAAUUUGAUUGUGUGCCCUCCUUAUCCAUUUCUUCCCUUUGUGGAAACAAUCUUAAAAGGAAGUAUGGUUCGUUUGGGGGGACAAAACUGCCAUGCUCAAGAGAAAGGAGCCUUCACAGGGGAAGUGAGUGCUUCUAUGCUGAAAGAUGUCGGGUGUUCUUGUGUGAUUCUUGGACAUUCGGAACGACGCCACCUUUUUCAUGAGGCUGGGGAAAUUGUUCAGGAAAAGGUCUUUGCUGCGUUUAAAAGUGCUUUGAUCCCGAUUGUUUGCGUCGGUGAAACCUUGAAAGACUACGAUCAAGGAAAAACUCGAGAAGUAUUGAAUUUUCAACUUCAAACGUCUUUGACUGAAAGCUGGGAGGGUGAGGAAAUGAUCUUGGCCUAUGAACCUGUUUGGGCCAUUGGGACUGGCAAAACGCCAACAUCUCAAGAAGUACAAGAAGUUCAUCACUUUCUAAAAGGAUGUUUAAGGGGCAUGUAUGGAGAGAAGGGCGAAGAACUCCCUAUUUUAUACGGUGGCUCUGUGAAUGCAGAAAACGCAUCAAUUUUUUUAAGUCUUGAAGACGUAGACGGUGUUUUGGUUGGUGGAGCCAGUUUAGAAGCAAAAAGCUUUUUAAACAUUGCACGAAACGCCAGUUAA